UUUUACAGCACGCAUGAUUCUUCCAGAUGGGAGAUGCGAGGUACUGUAUAUUAUGCUUUCAAUUGAGGAAAAGGAAGGGAUUACACAAGGAAUCGACGACCACCAUCGCAUAUUUUGAUCCAUUAAAAUGUGCAAAAGGUAAUUCAUGUGCUUAGUGAGGCACAUGAUCCCGUCGAGAAAGACAAUGUUGGUAUUGCAAGCUCCAAGUCUUCUCUUUCUAGUCUGAGGAUGUGGCCACCAUGUUGACUUGGGAAUCAGGCGCCAUUGAAUUCGAUCGUGUUGUUGGCAAGGCUUAAGUGCUUAGGCCUUACAGGCCCAAGCCACGUUUUUAGUCGCCGCAGUGUAUGGCAUCGAGGCCAUUUUCAAAGAAGGAUUUCUACUUAUAAGUAAAGGAUAGAGGACAACCUAUUCUUGCCACAACUUUGUGUAGUCAACAAACACCACAAUGUAUGCGAUUACGGUGCGCCGGCAAUACAGUAGGUCCGCCAGGAUCAUGUUUGUUUACCAGGGUUGUCUCGUAUGGUAAUGCAAAAUGGCCGCCGUGAGUUCUUUGAUUUCACGAUAUUAACGCUGUCUUUUAGAAAUGGACACGCUUUGUGUCAGUAGCAUACGUACACGGUAGUUAUUCGAGAUGUCCUAUCAAACGUUUUCUCUAUAACAUUAGAAGGUUCAAGUACCCUACAGUAGGCUGUUAUUUCAUAACUUGACCCUGAAACGAAUUAUUCAAGAUGCAGAAUGAAGAAAUGGACAGACAGAUGUAAGAGGGCGUCCUGCCCUCGAAAAAGACCGUGACAAGUUCAUGGCCGCCAACAAGAAGAAGAAAAUAAUGGUUCUUAAUGAGGAGGGGGCAGCUGCGCCCAUGGCACUGCACUCGACUGCCUCUCCCCCUGACCUAGUUGGUGCCCUAAAAACAGGGCAGGCAAGUGGAGUUGUAGCCAAUGAGGAAGCAAAUAUUGCAGCAACAUCCACUCCAGGCUCUGCAAUGGGUGUUGCUCUUACAAUGAACUCCACUGUCAUUUCUAAUAACCAACCAGAGAAUUUACCACCAGAGAGCACCCGCAGAGGUAUCAAGGUGAUGUUGGACAGCAACAACAUGUGGAAUGAGUUCUUCAGAUGCAAAACUGAGAUGAUAGUAACCAAACAAGGCCGGAGAAUGUUCCCUUAUUGCCGCUUUCGCAUCUCUGGUUUGGAUCCCUUCCAGAAGUACAAUCUGCUCAUGGAUAUCAACCCAGCGGACAACAAACGUUACAAGUGGACUGGGCAAAAUUGGAAAAUGAGUGGAAAGGCAGAAGCCCAUAUGCUGAGACGGAUCUUCAUCCACCCAGACUCUCCAUCUUCUGGUCACCAAUGGAUGCAGAACCCAGUUUCAUUCUACAAGCUUAAGCUCACUGACAACACCAUGGACCAGGAGGGUAAUGUCAUUUUGCACCCAAUGCACCGGUACUUACCGCACCUCCAUGUGGUCUCAGCUGAAAUGCCUACAGAGGAUAUUCAGCUCAAUGGGCAUGACGUAAUAACCUUCACCUUUCCCCAGACUGAGUUCUUUGCUGUAACAGCCUACCAGAACUUACGCAUGUCUCAGUUUAAAGCAGACUUCAACCCUUUUGCAAGUGGACCCUCUUGGGCUCUAAAGCUGAAAACGAGUCCCUCCAAUGAUUCGAAGAAGAAUGAAACCAGCUCUCCCAAUGAACUCAAGCCUUUGAAAGGCUUGAAUGGCCUGAAAUCUUUAAUGGCUGCAAAACACAGCUCUAAAGACACUUCAGCAGUAGAUAAAGGACUCCCCAGCACGGAUGCUCAAAAUUUUACACCUGCAGGCAGUGAAACCAGAUCUCCCAGUGAGCCCAAGCCUGUGAAAGGCCUCAGUGGCCUGAAGGCUUUGAUGGCAAAAUGCAACUCUAAAGACACUUCAGCAGUAGAUCAAGGACUCCUCAUUCCAAAUGCUCAAAAUGUCACCCUUACAUUUGGUGACAAAUCUGAGGUCAACAGCCAUCGACCCAGCUCAAUGCUGAAAUCAAGUCCCUCCAAUGAGAUGAAGAAAGACCCCAGCAAAUCUCCCAAUGAGCUCAAGUCUGUGAAAAGCCUGAAUAAUCUUAAGUAUUUGAUGGGGAAACGCACUUCUAAAGAUACUUUUGCAGCAGGUCAAGGACUUUUCUCUUCCGAUACUCAAAAUGUUAUGCUUGCAGAAAGUGACAAGUCCAGGGUCAAAAUAAGUCCCUCAAAUGAGUCGAAAAAAGACCACACCAGAUCUAACAAUGAACUCAAGCCUGUGAAAAGCCUGAAUAACCUGAAGUCUUUGAUGGCAAAACACAACUCUAAAGACACUUCCCCACUAGAUCAAAGAGUCCUCAGCGCAGAUACUCAAAAUGUUUCACUUGCUGACAAUGACAAGUCCUGGGUCAACUCUAUUGGGCCCAGCUACUGCACUCCAAAGGUGAUAUCAAGUCCCUCCAAUGAGUUGAAAAAAGUAGAAACCACAUCUCAGAAGGAAUUCAACCCUCUUAGAAGUAAUCUGAGGUCUUUGAUGGCAAAGCGCAACUUUAAAGACACUUCAGCGGUAGAUCAAGGACUCCUCAGCUCUCAUGCUCAAAAUGUUACACUUGGAGAAUCUGACAAGUCAAGUGUUAAUGAUCAUGCACCCAGCUCUUGCAAGAAAUCAAGUCCCUCCAAGAUGAAGAAAGAUGAAACCAUAUCUCCCAAGAUGCGCAAGCCUGUGAAAAAUACCCGAAAGUCUUUGCGUGGAAAACGCAACUUCCUGAAGACUUCAGUAGCAGAUCAAGGACUCACUACCUCCGAUGCUCAAACUGCUACAGUUGCAGACAGUGAAAAGUCAGUCUGCAAGAAAGAGUCCACUGAUCAAAGUUCCUGUACAAUAGGUCCUCCCCAAAGUAACUUCACUGAGCUGAUUCGGGAGUGUCAUCUGAAAAUAAGAAGGUGCAAUGUGGAGAUAACCAAUACAGCUUGCAAUGUUGAGCAAACAGACACUAAGGGCAUGGUUGCCAAAGGCAAAGUUGUGGAAGUAGCUGUGAAUUACAAUUUUUCCCAGAUUCCUGACGUGUUGUCGAAAACUAUUACAAAGGUGGGACCCCAGGAUAAUGGGAAUACGAUUGACAGUGAAAAGGACCACCUCUGUUCAUCUCAGUCCCAGGAACCUGUGAAGACCCCUGUGUCUAUCAAUGACCAUUCAGCAGAUGAAGUUGAAAGCAGUCAAAAGGCUUCCCAAAGCUCCUCAGUGAGCUCUGAAGCAAAAAGGACAGGUUCUGAUGAACAGCAGCAGGGGAAGGCUAAACCACACAAACGACCUGAACCUGUGCCUUUGCCCCUGCUUGCACUCUACCUUCAACAGUUGAAGUCGAAAUCCAGACCUUUUAGGACCAAACCAAAAUCUCCUUUGCCUUCUACUUCAUCCCCAUCUUCUGCUGUUCUAACUACUGACCCAGCCACUGACCCUACUGGUCCAGCAAUGGUCCCCACUGGAUAUGCUGUUCUUCCAGCCAGUGAUUCUGUAGUUCGAGCCACUGACCCCACUGGGCAAACCACAGACUAUGCUGGUGUACCCACCGAUAUUUCAGUCCCAAACACAGAUUUUUUGGUUCCUGCCACAGACUCAUUGUUACCAGAAGCUGACCCAGUAUCACUUACUGCUGAUCAGUCGUUACUUGUCGCUGAACCUACCUUAUCCAUUACACUAUCAUCCCCCACUCCACCCCUCAUGUCGCCAUUCCCUGACCCAUUGUUACCAGCCCCCGACUCAUUAAUACCAGCCCCUGCCUUGUCAUCCCAUGCCCAAGAACUGCCAUCCCCUGUACCUGUCACAUUGAACCUACCGGCUGACCUAUCAUCACUUACCUCUGACCAUCCCUCAAAUGCCCCUGCGCUGUCAUCAACAGCUAGUGUUGCCACUUUGAAACCUGAGUGUACCCCAUUGUUAUUAUCCCCUGGCCCUUCACUAGGUGGCUUUGAGCCAUCAUCACCUGCAUCAUUACCAGAUCUUGAGCCCCCUUUACCUUCCCCUGUUCAAUUGAAACUGGUCCCAGCCCCAUCCGUACCUGCACCUACCUCGUCAUUCCCAGCCCUUGAACAAUUACCGUCCCCGAACCUUUUUGUACUCUCCUCCGAACUUUCAUCACAUGCAUCACUGUUAGCACUACCUGCCCCUGAUCCUUUUUUAACAACACCCUUUAUCCCAUUGUUGCCUUCCGCUCACCUUAACCCAUUACCCUUUGAGGCAGUCUCAUAUUCAUCUAACUCUCACCCUGGCUCACUUGCUCUGGACCCUGGCUUAUCCUCACCUCCCCUGGACCCCGCCUCAUCAUUUCAAGUCAAUUAUGAACCAUUAACACGCCCUUCUACACCGUCUCCACUCCCAUUCCAGUUAUCUCCUUUUUCAUCGUUAGGUCCCGACCCAUUGUCACCAACCCCUUCACUUGCCGACCUCACUCACUUUUUCUCAAUCUCUGAUGAACUUGAGAUGACGGAAGACUUUCCAAGCAGUGAGGCGGCUCCUGUCCUAUGUCCUCAUGUCCCAACUUUAAUUACCCCUAGUGUACCAGUUGGUUCUACUCUACCAGUUGGUUCUAGUCAGCCAACCCAGAGCACUAAACCCCAGAGAUCUAAGAAGAGAUCUAGGACAGGAGUGAAAUCUGCCAAGAGUGAUCCACUCCCAGUGAUUGGGGGACCCACAGAUGUCACCAUGCAGCCCAACCUGGAGGAAGUUGAGGAGCAGCUGUUCGUCUCUUUCACCUCCAAGGAAGCACUUGAAGUCCACCUAGGAGAGCCUGCAUUUCGUGAGACGGCAACCGCACAACCUGAGAAAACCCCCGAGGCGAAAGAGAAUGUCGGAGGAUCUGAAACCACAGAGGGAAGAAUAGCUGCUUUCGAGAAGGUUCUUUUGGACGAUCUGAAGGUUAUGAAGCAUCGGCAGGUCAUUCAUCCUGUGCUGCAAGAAGUUGGACUGAAGAUGAGCUUACUGGAUCCCACUCUGGUCAUCGACCUGCAAUACUUAGGCGUCCGUCUACCUCUACCGCCACCCAUGCUAUGUUUAGGACCAAGCACUGCAGGAUUGGCAUCUCCAAGUGGUUCAGUUCCCUUUGUUUCCAGGACGGGCAAGACAACAGACUUCACCCAAAUCAAAGGCUGGAGAGAUAAGAUUGUCCCUUCAGACUCCUCAGCAUCCGCCAAGCCUGAUGUAUGUAGCCCAAUAGGCUUUAAAGAUGGCCCGAGUUCUGAUGUGGUCCCGAAGAACCUGUCGGCCUUCUGCAGUGACAUGUUGGAUGAGUAUCUGGCUAACGAAGGCAAACUCAUCGACGAGCGAGCUGCCAGUUUCACCCAGACCACCGUCGUCACCCCUGUGACCUACCAGCUGCCCACCAAGAGCACCAGCUACGUCCGAACCCUGGACAGUGUGCUGAAGAAACAGGCACCGGCACCUUCUACCACCUUUGUCCCCCCAUCCAAAAAAAACAGACUGCCCCUCGCAUCCAAAGGACCUAAAAAAUCUGAGAAAUCUGAAAAAAGGCAACAGAAACAACGCUCAAAGCAGAGCAGAACUAAACCAACUUCUGCGCCAACACCAUUACAAAUUGCGCCACCGCCAUUGAUGGAUCACGCAGCCCCGGCCAUCGCCCACGAUGACACAAUUAAAACUGUGAAAAGGACUAAGAGGAAACCGAGGGUCAAGACUCCUCCACCAGCGCAAAACUCUGUUGUGUCGAGGCCAGAGGUAGAAGAGCCACCCCCCCCUGACCUGGCUCCUGUGGAGGGUGACUCAGAGCCAGAGUCUGCCGCUGCUGAGACCAGGGUUGUUGUUCCUGGGUUGACCAAGGCCUUUCUCAGACAGAGGGAGCUGGAGGACGGGGUUGUCUGGGAGGGCAAGCAUCAGACCUGUAUCACAGAGGACAGGGCAACAGUUGCCCUCACCUCGCUCUUCACUUCAACGGGCUUUGUUUGUGAGAAUCCUACAGCUCCCAUUAAGAUUGUAAAGCGCAGUGCUCCUCCCUGCCUCAAUGCGUUCUGCCGGCUGGGCUGUGUGUGUGCCAGCCUGGCACAGGACCGUCGUAUUACCCACUGUGGGAAGAUUGAGUGUAUAUUUGGCUGCAGCUGCCUCAGGCAGAAAGUGGUUGUGCUCAAAAACUUAAAAGGACCAGAUUCCAGUGCGUCUGAAGAGGGCCCGUCCAAGAAGAGCAAGAAGAGAAAGCGGAUGAGGAUGGCAUAUACUCUGAGAGAGGCGGAGACAGUAUCAGAACCAGCUCGGCGUGUGAGAACUUUGUGGAAGCACAACGAUGGAGAGAUGGACCCGGAGCCCCUCUUCGCCCCAACACCAGUCUGUCUUCCAUGGCUUCCAUUACAGGAAGAGUCUCCAGCAGUGGUGAGAGCGGAGGAAGGGACCAUGACAUGUGCCAGAGUGCGUGUGUUUCAAAGCAAGAGCACAAACCGACCUGAGGACAUUGACAACCACUGCCAACCAAUAGACUCCUCACCAGUGAGCCCUUCCAGGAAGUCAGAGAAGUCGUCCUCCCACGGUUUCCAGUACACGGAGCCCUGCAAGCGUCUGGAGAUCGUGUCUGAAUGUAAGUGGAGGAGCCUGGCGGACAGGAACUUGGUGCUGAGGAUUGUUUGUGAGCACAUGGCCCAGGACCACCUCACCAACCCCUUCUGGGUCAAAGGCUACCUCAUCAAACCCGUGUCUCAGACCCUGAGGAACGACGGCGAGAGCUGCUCUGUCCACUACAAGGUACAUAUCUCUCAGGUCUCGCGACCAGACGGAGUGGAGGAGGCAAACAGUGAGGAGGAAUGGAUGAGAGAGGAAGAUGAAGAAAUUAUGGAGGAAGAGGAGGGGGAGAUGGAGGAGCUGAGGGGGGAAGAUAAGGAGGUGGAGGAAGGACAAUGCGCAGAGGAGAAGCAAAGAGAGCAGGAGAACAAGGCUAUGGGGAAGAAAAAGGGUCUGAAAUGGAAGGGCCUGCCUUUCUUAAUAGGAAUUUCUCCUGCUGGCCUCCUUACUGCCAAUCUAAAGCAGACAGAAAUCUCAGACAAGGAACUUGUCACGGUGAAUGGCAGGUCCUACCCCAAUGCCAAGCUACAACUGGGCAUGAUGGGAGCCAUGCACCCAGCCAACCGACUUGCUGCUUACCUCAUGGGCAAGUUACGGAGGCCUACCGGUCCAGAGCCGUCUAUGGCAUCCUCCGUCUCAUCACAACUCAUCACACCCCCCUCAGAGACCCCUGAAGAUGCAAGGUCCUCCACGGGACAACCGGCCCAGUUGACAGCCACUCCUACCACCAGUCUUACCAUGGUUACCACCACCAGUGUUCCCUCUGUCGUUUCAGUUGCUGCAGGCCCCAAGUCCAUUGGUGAUGUGUCUCUUCCAAAGACCUCCCCAAGCAGCGGAGUGGUUACUAGUCCCCCCAUGCUGGUGCUCCCUGACCCAGGGACCAGUAACGCUGUCAGGAUGGCGUGUCCUCCUACCUCCCAGACCCCGACCCCUCUCAUCCCCCUGACCCCUCUCGCAGCAGGGCGGAGGAUGGUUCUGCAGCCGGUGCGGAGUGCCUCAGGGACCACCCUAUACCGGAACCCCAACGGACAACUAAUCCAGCUGGUUCCCCUCAGCCAGCUGCAGGCCCUCAACCCCAACCUCGUCAUGCGCAACAAGGGGGGUUUGAUCAGCUUAACCACACCUGCGUGCUUGGCCUCGGGAUCCACAGCCACCCUUAACAGCUCCCCCUCCACCACCUCUCUCACCACAUGGCAGAACACCAUCACCACCGUCCCCCUAGUCCCUUUCACUGUCCCAAAGACUCCAGGCAGCACCACCACCCCUAAAACCACGCCUCCCGAAGUCACUUCCUCCAUACCAGGCUCCAAGUCUUUCAACACCAGUAAAGUUAAUCUCUCACCCACAGAGACAAAUAGCGGAACGUACACUUUGAAGAUUGUUCCUCAGACGGGUAACAAGGAGCCCAUCAUCAUCAAGUGUCCCAAGGUGCCAGCCCAGCCAGCCCAGGGCUCCUCCAAGGUCAUGCCUAUAGUAGGGGGCUUUACUGUGCUGCAGCCUUCCCCGAAAACCACAGUAAUUACUGUCAAAUUCCCCACGAAGACUGUUAUGGAAACAGGUGUCCAAGCUGCCACCACCACCACAGUGGACUCCAAUGUAGACUGUAAGGUCACGUCUGAGCUGUAUAAUUGGAUGCUGCCUUGCCAGAAAAGCACAAAAACCCCUGUAAGCCACAAGUUUAAAUUUAUUAAAGCUGACACUAUCUCCACAACAGACUCCAGUACAGAUCCUAAGAUCCAGCCUGAGGUGGGACGAGUGCCCCCCAAAAUCCUCAGACCCCCUAUAACCCUGGUUCCAAAGACAGAUGCAACUUCGACACCUAUCUCGUCAGCGAACUCCAAUGUAGACCCCAAGCUCUUUCCUAGGAUGGCUUGUGUCAAUCAACCCCACCAGACCUGGACAGGACGACCGAAGAAGAGGAGGAAGGAGGUUGAGGUUGUGGAUCCGGUGGAGGAUGAGGACGACUCUGACGACAUGGACGAGGGGACGGAUGAGGAGAGGGACAACUCAUCUGAUGAGACGGAUUGUGUUAAUUCCUGUGUUAAUGAAGAGGAUCUCAUCGUCAUCAGUAAGCAGCUGAAGCACAAACACAACGUGCUGGAGAGGCAUCGACGCUCCGAGCUCCAGGGACGCUUCCAGCAGCUGAGGGAAACACUGGAACUUGACGAGAAAGCUGCUAAAAUUAAAAUCCUCAACGACGCCAAGGAGGAGAUCCAGGUCUUGACAAAGAAAAGCACCAACGUGGAGAAGCUGAGGAGUUCGCUGACCCUGGAGAGAGCAGUUCACGUCAAGAAGAUGUCCCAGUUAACUGGAGAGUCUGAGGAGCAGAUACUGACGAACAUCAAGUACAUCGGUUCCCAGCAGAAGAUCGAGAAGCUGCACAUCAACUGGAAGAAAGAAGGGAAAGUCUCCUCUGCUGUCUCGUCUUCCUCAGUUGUCUCCACCUGCGGUGAGUCUGAGCAGAGGCCAAGGCCUGGUCCCCUGUCAAAGAGGACCACAGAAGAGGCUCGGGGGGGUAAGAGCAUGGGAGGAGUGACAGCAGAAACGGAGGAGGACAGGGAUGAGGUGGUGGACCUUCUGGAGGACACGGAGGACGAGAAAACCGACAACUCCUCGGAUGAGACCGAGGAUUCUGACGUUGACGACGACAAAAACUACAACGCUAAAGGGCACGUCAACAAUACCAUCAGUGAUGUGGAGGAAAGCUUGCUAGAGGAUGAGCCUGUGGACAUUGAGAGUGUGGAGGACAAUGCAAAGAAGAACACCACUCCACAAUUGAAGGAAAAACGCACUAAAGAGCACUGGAACUUGCACAACAAAUAUGAGAGACAACGCUGUACUGCGUUUCGGAAGAGCUUUAAAGCCCUGAUAGAGACUUUGGACCUUGGCAACCCGGCACCUACUAAUGUUUUCAUCCUAGGGCAGGCCCGAAAACAAGUCAUUGACCUGAGAGACAAAUGCGAACGCCUGGAAAAACUGAAGAGUGCGCUGACCGAAGAACGAGCUGCUUAUAUCAAGAAAAUCUCCCAGAAAUCUGGAAAGACAGAGGAGCUCAUCCUCAGGAAACUUCAGGACAUCUCUACCAAACAGAAGAACAUGGACGUGAUGUUCAAAGGGAAGCGGAGAGCGGCGUCCUCAGCCCCCUCGUCAUCAGUCUUACCCAAUAAAGCCAUCUCACCCAGCAGCACUCAACAGCCUAAGCCAAAAUCCCUGGCUCCCGGUCUGAAGUUAAAGGUGGUACCCACCCCUGUCCCACAGCCUGCACCCAAACAACCCAAGGCAAGUCCCAUCAUCUCCCCACCCUCCAGGAAACCCCUCUCAACGUGUCGUUCUCCAGGUGAAAGGACAAGACCUAACAUCCUGUCUCGCAGGAAACCACAACCUUCCCUAGAUUCCCCACCUGUUCAUGCUCGGUUUCUCCCUCCUCAAAUGCUGUCUAUAGUGGGGGGAGUGAUACCAUCUCAGCAGGGGAUCACUAAGAGCCCAAUGCAGCCUGCCAGUUCUCUGCUGCCGGUAGGACGCGUCACUGGAAUCGAAAUGCAACAGUCUCUAAUACCAGGUGUCGCUUCAGUUACCAUCUGUAUCCCCUCAAUGUCACAACCCAUUUCUCUCACUCCACCUCGUAAUAUCCUCAACAGGGGAGUUCCUCAUAUCGCCAAUGUGAUUUCACUGGUCAAAGCCCCUCCAGGUGUGUCAAGGGGAGCUCCGAGGAGGCCAUCUCCAGUGAAGGGUAAGGGAAGUGGACUGGAGGACGGUGAGGUGCUGGGGAAGCAGCUGGACCACUCUGGAGACGGUGUAAAGAUCAACGACGCAGACAGGAACUCGGAUGAGGAGGACGAAGACAACAAAGAAGGUGACGUUGAAGACGAGAGUCUGAUGUCUCUCCUCAACGAGAUCGUCUUCCUCAACCAGCAGAUGACCACAGACAACAUCAGCCCCAGUGGUCUUCCAGUGGUCACCCACAAACCAGCCACUGAGCCUGGGGAGGUUGGUAUGGACCGGUCCUCACCACCACCACCACCGCAGGCAGAGAAGGAAAUCAUCAGAGAUGGAGAUGACGAGCGCUCCCUCAGCCCCUUGUUUCUGAGACUUGACGAGGACCUUCUGGGGAUGAAAGAGAGACAAGGCCAGGAUGAGGCUUCCAAAGGCCCAGGCCUGCCAGUGCCACAGGCAGAGGACCUUAAAGUGGGUUCUGGAUCCAACGAGAAACCAUCAGACACAGGUUCUGCUCCUGCUCCGAUUGUCAAUGGGCACAGCCCACAAGGACCAACAUGCACUGCAAAAGGUCACGGUGUACUUCAAAAGGCGUUGACCCCGCCUCCACUGCUGCAGAUGAAAGUUGGCGUGGCCAAGGUGCUGGAGACCAAUGAUAUGCCGGGGGAUGCCCUAGCCCCGCCCCCGCUACUGCAGAUGAGGCCAAUGCCGAGGCUAGCCCCACUAGGACUAAAGAGCAACCCUCAGACGUAGAACUAAGCACUAACUAACUCGGGGUCAAUGUUGUAGCCAUCUCUCCUCAAGACCCUUACUCACAUGGGUCGUAAUCAUUUGUCACCAAACUGACUGAAACAGGGUUGGACUUCUACCUGAACUUGUCCAAUAAGAAAUUUUCAUUUUUGUUUUUCUGUUGCAAAAAGUUUCGCCACGAUGUGCUGUAAUAAAUAUGACCCUUAUGUGGCUCAACCAAUCAGGGAUAACUACAUUUAAAGGUACAAUGUAGCC